AUGACAAGUGUUCUCCCAUCGAGAAGUGCUGUGGGAACAUAUAGUUUUGCAAGUCAGCCAAAGGUUGUAUCAAAGAAAAAGAUAUACCGAGAUAACUUAGAUGAGGAUGUUAACUAUAACUAUGGGAACUUGAUGUUCGAUCGAAGAGUCAUCAGGGGAAACACAUAUGCUUUGCAUGUUCUUCCUGCUCACGCUCAACCCGAUCCCCUGGAAAUACAAAAGCAAAUUGAGAGGAAGCGCAAUGCUGCAGCCCGUCGUAGGUUGCGCGAAGAGCUUAGACCGAAAUCACCAUUACCUUUGGAUGGGAGAAUACAUAAACCUGUUCAAACAGAGCUGUAUUUGGAAGCCCUAACAGACUAUGUUGAAGAGAUAGAUGAAGAGUGCCAAACUGAUGUAUUUCUUGACAGGCCACCGACACCACACUACGUACCAGCAAAAGUUGGCAUGGAUGUUAUGACUCAAAUAUAUGAAGGAGAUCUUUUCGAUUUUGAUUUAGAGGUUAAACCAAUUUUAGAAGUAUUAAUUGGAAAAACAAUUGAACAGUCUCUGUUAGAAAUAGCUGAGGAAGAAGAACUAGCCAGUAUACGUGCUCAACAGAAUGCUUUUGAAGAGAUACGUCAAGCUGACCUGUUAGAAGUUGCUAGACUUGCAGAACGUGAAAGGCGAAUACAAGAAGAAAAAGAAAGACGUAAAGCCCAGUUUUUAGCAGUUGCAGAACAAGAAAGAGAACUAGCUGUCAAAGUCGCUGCACAAGCAUUUGCUAAAGCCUAUCUGUCUGAUUUACAACCUCAUGUAUUCAGUAUUUUAUCCGAAAAUGGAUACUUUUAUGAUCCGAUUGAAAGAGAUAUUGAAGAAGGAUUUUUACCUUGGCUAAUGGAAGAAAUCGAUGAACAGCUGCAGUUGGAGAAUGAUGCUCGCCUGUUGUUAGACGGAAUGAUAAGAGAGGUUGUUCAAGAAAGACAUCAUGAAUAUCGUCAACUAGAGUUGAUGGCAGCUGAAAUGGCAUUGAUUCAAGAAGCAGGUGCUGCUUUAACUGGUAAAUUAGACAAGGAGAAUAGUAAUAAAGAAGACAGUGAAAAUGUUGAUGUCUCGUCUCCUUCAGUACAAGAAUACGAAAAAGAGUCGAAUGAACAACCUGAAAAAGACUAUGCAAACGAUGAAGAUCCAGUUGAAGGAGAGGCAGAAGGCGAAAAAGACGGAGUGAAUAAUGAGUUGAAUGAUCCAGUUGAAGAAGGAACAGAUGAAGAAUAGAACUUCAAAAUUGUCAAAUAAAAAAUUAAAUGCAACGAAGUAACAUUUGAUUAUUGAUUAUGAUACUACUAAUUAUUACCAUUCACAAUUGGACAAAACUAUUUUACCUUCUUUUUUGUUGUUGUUUUAAACGCUUCAAAAUUGUGUACAAAUUUCAAAUAAUUUAUUACUAUACAAAACAGAAUUAUGAAGUUCUAAUGAGUAUAUAAUUAACCUUUUAA